AUGAAUGUGAGUUCUCUCUAAAAUUUCGCUCCCAAAUUCAAGAUUUUCAGAAAACAUUGGAUAUGAAAAAACCCAGAAGCAAAAAACUGGAAGAGAAGAAAAAUGCGCAGAAACAAUAUGUAAGUUUUUUUCUAAGAUUUAAGAAAACCCCCUGAAAAAUAUUAUUAUUUUCAGAAAAUGCUGAUGAAUUUCAUGAAAAUUUAUGAAUCUCAACAAGUCAAUAAUGGUCAAUUCUUAACAAUUGAGGAUAAUAACCGACCAGAACUUCAAGUUACUCCAAAACUCUCAAAUAUUCGCAUGAAAUCAAUGAUUUUGCCCCAAUCCGAAUCUUUGGCUCCAGCAAGAAGACGAGCAGUUUCCCGACACGCUGAUUCAAAUACUGAAAUUCGAGAUAGUGGUCUGGUCUCCCAUCCGGAUUGUGCAGAAAUUGUUAUCGCAUUUCGCAACCACAAGACUGGCGUCUAUCAAUGCAAUACAUGCCCGAAAAAGGAGAAUACCAAGGAAGAGAUCGAAAAUCAUCAUAAAAGUGUACAUGUUGGAGAAUACACUUCAACAAAAUCUCGAUCAACGAGAAGAUCUUUGGGAUUACCUCCGAAAUUGUAA